CUCGAGAUAUUUUAAUGAAUCUGAACAUUCAAAAUGUAAUCCAAAACAACUGGAUGUCAGUACUUUAUUACAGACCAGUUUCGAUAAUUUUUUCCAUACUAAUUAUCAAACUGGAUCCUUUGUGCAACAUACAUGUGUACAUGCAAGCUUAUUAUUGUAGCCAUCAAAUCAUGCUGAUUGCUCUUAAGUAUUAACCAAAAACUUAUAUUUUCAAUUAAAAAGUGCAUUUGUUCUUACAUUUCAAUAAUGAAAAAUGUCACAUAAACUAUUACGUAAAGUAACAAAAUUACGAGAAAAACGCCCUGCCAAUGGCCGGGUUCAAGCGCAAGAUACCCACUUUUCACGUUUCUCAUACAGCACACAAUGCAUGUACACAUAGGUCUGUCUGGUUCAAGAAAGACCUUAUGAAUAAAAUAUCUGAUUACCUACAGCCUUGGAAUAAGUCGAUCUUAAAGUCUAAAAGCCAAGAAUUUAGCUAAUCGUCCGAAAUAUUCCAUUGUAGAAUACAAGGUGCGUUUCCACUCCUAAGCACUGAACAGGACGAGAGUCGCAAACUCUCAUUGGGAACAAAGAAUGCGAAGAUCUACAUUUUAAAGUAUGAUAGCCUGUUUUCUAUGCUUUGUGAUGCUAGAAUGUAAAUAGUGUUCUUGAAAAAAAGGCUGGAGACUUAGUCUUUGCGUAUCCGCUCCAUACAGGGACAAGAGAGGGAGUAUUCUUAUAUAGCAACACAGCCCUUACGCAGGAACUGACCGAGAUCAGUGUUGCCACUGUUAGCGUUUUUACACUAGAUCUGGGGGUUUUGGCCGAUUUGGGGUUCUAGUUUCCGUUUUUCUAAAAAAGACCCAAAUCUUGGGGUUUUUUUUAAACAUCAGGCCUUAUAUUUUUUAAGUGAAAUAGGUAUUUCAACAUUUAUAUUUAUACUCAACAAAUAUAUUUCAACUUUUUGCAACUUAUCACGAUACCAUCCACAAAAAAUCAGACAGGGAAACCAGUUUAGCACAGCGAACUGCAGUGCUAGUAAUGCCAUCGAUACCAUGUGGCAAGUUCAGGCAUGGCAUUGCACAACCCUGGGAGUCCACGUUUGUUUUGUGUAUUACAUGUAGGCUCGUCGAGGCCUCCAGUGUAUCAAGCAAAGCGUAACCUGCAUUUUAUUGUACAAAGAUCGUAUACGCCACGCUUCACGAUCUUUGGUACUGUAUACUUCAACCAUUCAACCUCCUUGUGCUGCCACACUCGUCAGCUUAUGCAGAGAGAAUUUUCUCCCAAGUGAAUAUGAUUAAAACACCACCGACAAACAGGUUUCAUGCGUCCACAGUAGCCAACAGACUGCUGGCUGGUCAAGCAAUUUCCCGCCAAGGACAAGAGUGCCACACCUGGGGAGCCAUCAAGCCUUCUUGAACAAGAUCAACGAUCGGGAAAUUGCCGUAAAAGAUACAUGUACACCAGCACAAGCAGCGGCAGCAUCAGGAAGAGAAAACCAUACACGUGUAUGAUGUUGUCUAAUGGUAUGUAUGCAAACUUAUGCAAGUUUUACAGUCUAGCGUUUUCUGGGGGUUUUCCAAGGCAAAAUCUGGUUUUUUUUUUCUGAUUUUGUGAGUGGUAAUGCUGACCGAGAUUGAUGCUUGCUUGUCUUCAUAUGAAGCAAGAUAUGGGAUGGAGAGCACCCCCACCUUUGUGUUGGUCAUUGGUUGAUCGGAAUCCCAGGAAUUAGACAUGGGGUUGUGUUAGAUAUAGUCUAGAGCAUUUAUAGGGAUUGGAUAUGUUUAGGGGGCUACCACUCCGUCCCAUUUCUUGCUGGGUAGAAUAGUCUUGGGAUAGACUUUGAGACUCUGGUGGCAGUAGACAUACCAAUCUUUGUCAGAGUCUUGCAUGUGCUUUCGCUCGUCGCUCCGGCCUUGGGAAGACUGAUGGCCUUGCACAGAUUUCAGUGAAGGAAAAACGUCACACAGGGUCACAGGUAACAACGCGCAGAGCAUUGUUGGUAAAUAUUCUCAGGGGCUCGAGCUUGCUCAGUGUGGUGGUUAUCAAUUCGAUAUUUUUUCUUCCUCAUUGUUGAAAAUAUUCCCACUACACCUUAAUUAAUCCAAACUUGAUCAAGAUAACCAAUGAUUUGAAAUGUAUCGCCAAAAGACACGUACAGUAGUCAAUUAUACCUAGAAGAUGAAUUGGGCUACCGUGAUUGUACCAAGGCCAUGUUUUUAUCCGAUAGGCCGACACUUUGACCUAUGGUUAACCAAUACUUAAAAUGACACUUCACUAACAGGAAGUGAUAACCUCACGGUUGGAGGUCGUGCACAAAACAGCCAAUCACAGUGCAAAGCCAUCACCCCCCCACGCUGUUUGGGCACUAGGUGGUGAGCGAAGUAUGUGCUCAGUAGGUCAGUAGGUGGCGUACCUGCAGUUAUGCAAUUGUCUCUCUCAAGCCCAAACCAAAUUAGUAAUUAGAAAUUUCUCUCUCAAUGUUUCGAUUUUUACUCAUCGUUGCAACCAUGGAAGAGAGAUUGCAACAGACAACAAGCAGCUCCCAUGAGUGUUCCGUUCACCGAAGUUCGUUUGAAAGUUUCAUGGACAGUUGAAUCAAGGAGAAACAGACUCUUCAUCUGAAAAUGAAAGGCAUAUAUCAAAAGGCGAAGAGAAUGUCAAGAGGAUGAGAAUAGAAAACACUGAAACCGCCUUGGAGGGAGAAAAUCAGAAAAAUCAACAGUGCCGCGAAAUAGUGAUUACAAGUGUCCCAAAACUGCACUGGAGAGGUCAGCUACCCAAUGCAACAAAAUUCAUUUCUUUAUCAGGUGUCUUAGGGAUCCAUGAUAAUCAAGUUCCCUGAGGUGCAUUUACAAAGGGGUAAUUAAUCAAGAAGGAAGUACAGCCAGGGAUAUAUUAAACAAAUUCGGAGCAUGAAGGAGUGGAAGGUCGGCAGAUAUCCUGUCAGCAAUGUGGAAAGAAUCCAUUCAUAAAAUGUGAAUGAGUGACAUGAAAAGCUGGAACAUGAUCUGGAGCUGGAAGCAAAGGGAAAAGAAGUUCUUGAAGUUGAACUAAAAAUGGCCAAUGCCAGAGAAACGUCCUUGAUACAGUCAGAUAAUGGGCAAAGCAGUGCGUACACAAAGCUGUUUAAAUAUACCAAAGUAUAAGAAACUGCCCAAGGAGCUACAAAGUAACAAUGUGGGAAAUUGUUUUGUUGGCAUCAGGUGAGGAGAAGUUAGAAAUUUGCUAUAAAUUUGCAAACAAAGGUUACAAACCUCAACGACUUUGAGUUGGGGACAUACAUACAAAAUCAUAGUUGACUUCUUGGCAAUGUAGAAAUGUCAUUUUUCUGAUGAAAAACUCAAAAUCUAAUCUAUGGCUAAUCCUCUAAACAAUAACAAUCAUUGCUGAAGCAGUUGGUAAAGUAUGAGUCUAUGCGAUAUAGUUGGUAAAGUUGAGUAUAUGUUGAUUGGAGAUACAACAUAGUAAGUACAUGUAGUAACAUGGAAAAAUGUGGUGUUCAUGAAUGUUUCCCAAGUUAAGAGUCGGAUUUCAGCUGAGACCUUUGCCUUUAUCAUAAAUUUAAAUAGUUUUGAAGUUGAAACCAAUUAUGUGCAGUUUAUUGACACAUUUUCUUUUUUCUUACCCUCUUGCUUGAAACAUUUCAAAUACAUGUACAAUGUAUGUUUAACAAAAACCGGAGCCUGCUGUAAAUGUAGUGGAGUAGAAUCCAAGGAUUUGUCAGUCAUUAACAGACAAUGAUUGCAAUGUAGGAAAAACAAACUCCUGCAAAAAAAAGAAAUCGAUGGAAAAGGCUCGAAACUGCUGCCGUGAAAUGGCUAGAACAACAGGCAGCAAAGCAAGCAGAAAUUCAGAGAACGGAAGAUGAACAAUUGCUACAUGUGCAAAAUUACAAGACGGGAAGAAUUGAUAGGCUUCUACAUAAAUUACAGCGUAAGGGAAAUCAGUAAACAUCUCAGUGAAAAUCCAAGACUAUUCGCUUUGAAUUAGAAAUAUUUAUUGGUUGGGGAGUUCAUUUCACGUAUGAAUUAAGUGUUUGUUUUUCAUACAGUAAUUUAUUCAAAUUUUUUUUGUAAAAGCCAAAGGAAAGCAUAUAUUUGUCUCAUUUGAACAUUUGUUGAUGGUGAAAGGUAUUCGAUUCCAUACUGUUUUAAAUUAAAAUAAAGAACCUUGAAAACAAAUUCGGUUUGAAUGGAGAUACUGGAGUUUUACAAGAAUGAUCACAAAGCUUUGUACACGGAGCUGGAGAUAUCAGUUUGUCUCAUUAAGGUUUCUUUUUUCAAAUAAUUCCAGUUGUAAUUCAAGUUUUCAGAACUGGAUAUAUCUCAGGCUAAAAUUUUGAAGCAUACAUGUACAUUGUAUAGAGGCCUGAGAAAUCCCCCACCCAUUUUAACUUUUGGAACAGUCCAACAACUCAGUACUAGUACCUGCAGAACAUGUGAUCCUGUGUGGUAAUUCCCGAAAAAGACCAUACCGAGAGAGUAACAUAAACAUCCUCUCCCUGUUGCAAGUGUAACAAUACGGGCGAUUCACAAUAGUGCACCCCCAAAUUCUAGGGUGCCAUUUUUCCGUGCUACUUUUUUUCAUUUCUUUUGGUGGAGAAUACGGGUAGGGAGCAUUUUCCAUUGGAAUUUAGCCAGGUGUUUUGGUGUGAAGAGGCAGUUGUUUUUUUUCACUAGGGUAAGCCAACACAGUGUUUUAGGUUGGGAAGCUUUGCAUUACCAAUGGCCGAGACACCAACGAUGUCGGUGCCCAUGUCUAUUGCACCAAGCACCUCUCCACAACUAACACUAUACCCCUACGGAGAGGGUCCAAUUCUCCAUCAAUCACCUGCAGUGAAGGGAAAGACUGACUACCAGCCCCAGCAUUUCAUGGCAGCCCCUCAGCCAGUAGCUGCCUCCCCACUCCAUCUUGCCGAUUUUGACCCCAUCCCGAUUAAGACUGAUGAUGGCUACCAGCGACCAAGUCAACAGUCAAGAAUGCUGACAACACACCAGGUGAAGGGUGUAACCACAUUCACUGGCAAGGAGAAGCAUGGCCCCAGAUUGGAGGACAAGAUCCGGGACAUCUGGUUCCUGCUUGAAUGUAAAGGAACAGCCCCAGGAACCCUCCAGUUUCAUGAGGUUGUGAGACACACUGGAAGAAAGGCGAGAGAAGUGCUACUCAAUCUUGAGGGGAGGACACCAGAGGGCUUAGAUGCCGAUAAAGCCUUUUCUGAGCUCCUUGAAGAAUAUGGUGAGGAUAGGAGUGCUAUGUCCCCCUUGGCAAAAUUCUACUCCAGAGUGCAACGUGAGAAUGAGACGCCAAGCGAGUUUGCCAUUUCACUGGAGGCCACACUUUGGGAAGUUGAGGAGAUGAGGCGACGCCGAGGCCAGAGUUGCAUCGAGGAAGAGAGCACAGACAAGACUUUGGCCACUCAGUUUAUGUGCGGGUUGAAAGACCUUCAUUACAAGCAGCGAUUGGCCCCUAUGCAACCAAGAUCCAUGACUUUUCGUGACAUUCGCCAGGAGUUGCACAUCAUUGCCGAAGAGGAGCGACAGGCAGAGGAAAUCUGCAGAUGGCGCACUCCCCUUUACACCAUGGGUGAGCUUGCCCAGAGUUUGCCUCAACAGAAGACCGAGGGGAGGCCCCAGAAACAGUCACCAGUAGUGAAAGAGACCACUUCUCCCCACCAAGUGAUGCUAUCACCCCUACUUUUCAGCAACUCCUGUCCAAACAGAUGGAAGAGAUGAAGGCAGUGUGUCAGGAACAGGUUGCAGCGAUGGGCCGACUUCUAAAUGCCCAGCAGCAACACGAACAACGGCUGAUGCAUCUCAAAGCAGUCAUGUUCCCUCCGCAAGUAGGCCACAUCAGAAGGCUCCAUACACAGGAUGCUUCAACUGUGGAGGCAUGAGGCACCUCGCCAGGAAUUGCCCCGAGGACCGUUGAGUGCCCCCUCAAGCCAAAUGCGUGGCACAGAAUGACCAACAGGCCCGAGUCCAAGCCCAAACCGUCCAUUCCCACCAGCUCAAGCCCAGACAAAGGAGGUCCCAUUAAACAAGCAGAGCCUGCAGAUAUAGGGCGGUCAGCAGGUUCAUCGAGCAAAUGCCCACCUAGUCAAACCUGUCUGGCCCCCGAUCAUCCAGACAAAGUCCAAACAGUGGCUGACCAUCAUGUAGGAGGAGAGGCUAUAAUCCCUUUCCCUGGAGCCGUUAACUCUGCAGAAGUUAAGGUCUCUAGAGUUUUCACUACGUCUCUGCUGGACACUCGCUCCCAGGUUACUACCAUAAUAGAUGAGUACAUAAAGAGGCACCCAACCCUGAGCCAACAACCCCUUCGCCCUGCCGAUGUGUCCAUAAGUGGAGCCGGAGGACAGGUUGUUCCUCAUCGUGGUGUUAUUGAGGUGGACCUUGAGGCAUUGGGUCAACACAUUUGUAAAGUACCAGCAUUUGUUGUUCCAGUAACCCCUUUGAGACGUGAAACCCCAGUUCUUAUUGGCACCAAUGUAAUCAGAGCUAGUCGAGACAAGAUGAAAUGGACCCAUGGGCGGCGCUUCAUGGAGAAGAGUCAGAGGUUAUCCCAGUCUUAGUUUGAAGCUUUUUGAUUCGUAAAUGCAGAUGGCGCUGACAUUGCUCAUGCAGAUGGAGAAAUUGGACAUUUGCGGUUUAAUAGGAAGCAUCCACUGGAGAUUCGACAGAGGACAGAGGUUUCUUUCUUG